AUGAUUCUUGCCUGGGGUAAUGUGGCACGGAUGGUGGAAUACGUCGCUUCCGCAAACUACAGCUUGAUGGCACUAUGCAAAUUGGUCGGUACUUGGUAUCACGGUGAAACACUUCGAACGCUGAUGACAUCGGUCGUGACCGAUUGGAUGACUUCGAAGAACGACCGGGCACGAAAUACAAUGUUAAAUAUUGCGAGACGUGGCAGAAUCUUAUCUUUUAGUUGUUACGUGUGCAGCGUGUGCGCGCUCUCAUUUUACCUUUUUUUCAAUCUGCGGAAGUUCUAUCGAAAUAUGCACCAAUCUCAACGGACCCUCGUGUAUGGGUCCACCUAUCCUUACAACAUUCACAGGAGUCCGAACUACGAAAUUACUUUUUUUACUCAACUUUCCGGCGGCAUAUACACGGCCCUCAUCAACUCUACCGUCGACAGUUUCGUCUCGAUACUCCUGCUGCAUAUAUGCGCGCAGCUGAUAAAUCUACGUACGGCACUUAACGAUCUGGUCGACAAAUUAGCCGAAGGAUUUAUAUCCUCCUCGAGAUUUAAGAAAGGCUUAGCUGCGAUCACUAUCCGUCACAAACAUCUCAUCAGGAACGCAAAGACAGUUGACGACUGCUAUAGCGCUGUAUUAUUUGUACACAUGUUUGCCGCUACUUUUCAACUGUGUUUUGAAAGCUUUCAAGUUUUCAUG